AUGGCUUCUCUACACUACCUUCCUCCCGUCAAGCCCUCUGCCAUCGCUCUCGGCACGGCCUUCAACCACGCUGUCUCCCUCGCCGUCCUCGGACCCGUCUUCGGUGACGCCUACCGCCGUGCGCAGCAGGCUAACUCCAAGGAGGAGUACUUCCACACCAAGGAGGCCGCUACCGCUGCCGCAUCGUGGGGUAGCUCCAUCCUCGGCUCUGGUAUCCAGGCCUACGGUGUUGGUGCUCUGAUCAACGCUACCGGAACUCUCACCUACAAGGGUGCUGCUUACCUCGGUUCCCUGAUCUUCUUCGCUUCCGCCGCUCCCUCAAUCGUCUCCCAGGUCGUCACCGAGAAGCGCCCCAUGGACACCAUCGCCGUCGGCGCUCUUGCCCGCGUCCUUGAGACCGUCGGUCUCAGCUUGUUCCUCACCUACUGGGGAACCCGCACCAACCCCUUCGACUAA